UGAUCCUUUUCGCCUUAGACGAAACCCUCCGUGUUCCGAACUCUGAUCUGGGCGGCGACGUGGUGGAGAUGGCGGCGGAGGAGAAGAUGAGCGUGUACAGAGCGUCGAGGAGCAUCAAGCGGUUGGAGAACUCUCUCUACAACGCGCUUCGUUCCAUCUACGAAGACGCCACCUUCGUAGCCGAGAUCGCUGGGUUGUGGCGAGACCUACCGCUCGUCGCCAAUCUCCGUUGCGGCCUAUGGUACUCCCCUCGGUUCGAGGCUACCUGCUACUUCAAGUCCACCGAUGGCCACACCAACAACUUGUCAUUUAGUACAUCGCGCCUCAAUCUCCACCUUGCGCAGCUGGCGGGACAGAAAGGAGGGUGCAUUAUAGUUGAUUCAACAAGGAAGGGAAAACGCUUUCCAGAUAGCAUGUCAAAGACAAUAUCAAUAUGGGCAUGCGUGCUUAAUCGUGCAAUCAAGAAUCAUCUGCAAAGAAUGUCUGAUACAAUGCAGCAAGGUAUAGAGCUGGACUCAAAUAUUUCCUGCAAUGGGAGUAUGGAUGGGGGAUUCAGACCGGCUGAGUGGGACUGCACCUUGCACCUUCCAACUUGGGUUCCAAAUACUGAGAAAGCAAUUAUUGAGACACACCUUGAAGAUUGGACCAGACUAUUGGAAGAUUGCCAUGCUGAUAUUAGUUCUCUUGCAUCAAACUUAGGAAAGCCACUUCGUCCACUAUGGAUUUCUCAAAGGACUCUCAUUUGGUUGAAUGAAGUUCCUGAGCAUGAUUCUUGGGAUUUUAUACCUCUCAUCCUUGUUUCAGCAUCAGGAAUGUCUCAGUUAAGGACCACGUCAGGAUUUAGUUGGCACUACAUUCCAGGAGCAGGAGACGAUGAGGAAAGCUGGGCAAGAGGGCUGUCUCCUGAUAUGUUCUGGAAGCAUUCUUUUGAACUCAUAGAUGCUGGCCCAGAUCUUUGCAACCGACUAGUUGCUGAAAUAGUUGAAAAAGAAAGAGUAUAUCAUGCACAUAGGGGUGAAUAUUCUCCUCAAGUACCUGUGAGAUCUGGGAAAGUUUUAGCAAGCAAUUUAACUAUUUCUAGUGAAGAAUCUUAUGUUGCUAGCCAAUCCAUGAAGUCUAAAUUUCCCAUCAAAUCUAUGGGUUCAACAUCAUGUUGCAAUGAACAGUCUUUAUUUUGGCUGGGUCAGACCAACAUUGCAGUUUGUGCAACGCCACAUGACUCAGAUGCAUCUACUGACAUUGACUGUGUGUUGAACUGUGACAGCAGCUCAAAACCAUUGUGCUUUCAAUCAGUUAAUUCCUAUCUGCAUUUACCAAUAAUGACUUCAAAGGUAGAUCGGUUUUCCUUGAUCAGGAAUCUUUCAUCUGCAAUUGACUUUGCAAAGACACACUUGAGCAUUGGCAGGAAACUUAUUGUGUGUUGUCAUAAUGGAGAAGAUAUCAGUAUCUGUGUGUGCCUCGCUAUCUUAAUAUCCUUAUUUGAUGAAGACGGAUCUUAUGAUGGAGGAAAAUCAUUCAUGUCCACCAACAUUACCAAGUGGGAUGUGAAGAGAAGAUUGGUAUUUAUUUGCAAAUUCGCUGUAAAUGCACGCCCAUCAAGAGGGAACUUAAAGCAGGUGUUUGGAUUCCUCAGUAAAGAACAAGAUUCACUGACUAAUACAGGAUCUGCAGUUGAUAGUACUUGAUGAUUUGCGGCUCUUAAUCUCUUCUGGAGCUCUAACAAGCACAUUUUUGCAGGUUCAAGGAAAACAUGGUACAUGGUAUGUUGGUAAAGAAAGAUCUCCAAGAGGUUGCAAUAAUCUUUCAGUUUGCUUGUAGGGUAGCCCUCGGUAACUUAUGGCAUCAUUCUUAUUCUACAUUUGUGCUAAGUUAUACUGUUAUUUUUAUUCUACAUUUCUUCAAGUCUUUUCCAAGCUGUAGCAUCUUCAGUUUCCAAGCUGUAGCAUCUUCAAAUGUAACAUUAAAGAAAUCCACCACAGGAGUCCAUCAUGGGAAACCUGAUUUA